AUGGCCCCGACCUUCGAGGGCGCGGAGGAGGCGGAGGCUCAGGAUAUCAGCUGGCAGGCCGAGGAGGACCAGGGCGAGGGCCGGGGCUCCGAGGGCUCCGGCCCCCUGGCGCACUGCCGCGGCUCGCUGCUGUCGGCGCUCCGCGUCCUGCUGCGCGGGCGGUGCGCGGCGGCUGAGGCCGCCGACAAGGGGCUGCACGCGGGAGCUCCCCAGGAGCAGCUCUUCAAGCGCGUCAAGAUCCAGGACGGCCACUCGGUGAGCGAGACGCCCCUCGAGGGCACCCUGCCCGCCAAGGCGAUCCAGCUCACGAGGGCCGCGUCCGACAGGGACCUCCACCUGGGCUUCUCCUGGUCCGGUCCGGCCGACCUCAGAGGAGAUUCUGCAUGA